AUUAGGUCAUAAUUUUUUUGAGGAUAACAGAAGCUAUUCCCAAUUCCAAAUCGAUUUAAUCCCUCAGCCAUGAUUAUUUGUUCAUAUCUGCCUAAAUUCGCAACUAUAGUUGGACUUGUUUUUAUCUCGAAUUACAUUGGUUCAUUGGUAAGAAUUUAAAAGAGCAAAUGUCUUAGUAAUGUUUUCUUGUACCCUAUUUCUCCUGUUUACGAAGCCCCUGAAUUUUAACACACGCCUCUAGAUAGACGCCAGUAUAUUAAAUCCCCUUCUUCAUUUUUAAUAGCCUCCCUACCUGAAAAAAGCACCUCAAAUUGGUGUUUUCCUUCUCAUUUUUGAGUUAUUAUUUCCCAUUUUUCCUUUAUUUCAUUUUAUUUCAAAACAGAAUUUUGUCCCAAUUUUCCUGUAUUUCCGUUUGGCUUAUAGUUACCAAGCAUUAAAUGCAAAUGAAUAUGUUGAGAAAAAUACUCUUUUUUAUUUUUGUCCUGUUUUUGAAUAUCAGAUUAAGACUGAAGACUGCAGGAAUAGCAGAAAAAUAACAAGAUUCGUUAGUGUGUCAUUUUUAUUCAAGUGUCGCUUGAUUUUCCCUGAUAAACUUAAAAAACUCAUAAAACGGUUGUUAGUGAAUUCUUGAAUAUAAUUUGAAGUAUCUGCUUAGCUUCUAAAUUUUUUGCUAUAUUUGAAAGGACAAAAGAGCUGAAUGUUUUAUUCUAGGCGACACAUGUAGAAAAAAAAUUAAAUUGAUAAUUUUUUUCAGCCAUUCACAAAAUUGGAAUUUUUUUCAUUCUUUCAUUCAUGCGCGACAAACCAAAUAAACUGACAAAUGAGUUAUUUUAAAAAAAAUAGCUAAUUUGCUUACUUGUAAUUUUUAAACUUUUAAAUAAGAACAACCAAAUAUUCGAACUAUUGUCGAAUCACAGUUUAUCUGAUUUGUCAAUUCGUUUGUAGUGUCUGCUUUUACAAGUUAUCAAUCUUCAUCAGUUUUUGUUGUGCCUUCAAGAAUAAAAAUUAUUGAUGAAUUAUUGCCGCAGAAAAACUAAGCUCAAUCUUCAAAUUUUAAGUGAAACUUUAAGCACUUCAACUUUGAUCCAUCUUUAGACCCUAAAAUUGGGUUUUGAUUUGCGUCUGUUUACUUAGUGGCUGAACCGUUAUUUUUGAAAGAAAACUACAAUUCUCUAAACCCAUUCUGAGCGAAAUUCCUUUAAUCGAAUCUCAAACAAUUCAUGAAUCGGUUUAAUAAUACGCACUUUUUAUUACCAGAUUUAGUUAUUUGAUAUCAAAGGUUACAUAACAGUGUUUUGUUAUACACCUCGACAAAAUGUCGCAGUUAUGAGCAUGGUAUAAAUUUAACCUUCACUAAAUCCUAAUCAGGUUUUUGCAUUACCUAUACAUUAAGACCGGUAUGUUAAUCAUCAUUUCAUGUAGUUACAGUUUCCUGUGCCGUGAUCAAUCAUAAUUUAUAACUUACACCAGAUUACAAAUAUAUAACCCAUGGUUAGAUGGUGUUUUGAGAUGAUAUAUCACUUCACAUGUUGACAUGUACUGUCGAAUAGUAUCGAUUUGAGUUUUAACGUCAAUUUAUGGCUUGUCAAUUACUCUCAAGUUAACCCUAUUGUCUAAACGGGAAACUUGACUUCUGGAAAACGAAAAUUGAAAACGAUCUGAAAGGCACAGUUUAUCAGUGCGCCGAAUUUGAACUUUCUUUUCAAUUAUUUUUUACGAAGAAACGAAGAAAAUCGAAAAUGAGAACCAAGACCUUCAUAGUUACAGCAGCCAUCUUUCUUCAAUUAUCAGUUAUAGAAAGUUUGAAUCAUGUCGACAGCAGACAAAAGCUCUCCCGUUCGCGACGACAAUCAACCGGUGGUACCCAACCUGUAUGGACAAUUCAGCCCGGAAGCGAAGUGUUCGUCGGGUCGUCAGGAGUGGCGACAUUGCAGUGUGCGGCCGAGGGUGUGACUAAAUUGGUGUUCAGGUGCAAUGACCGAUUUGUGCCGACCAAAGAGGCAGAUUUUACUCGGCAAGGACAGCAAUAUAUGGCCACGUUGAAUGUGUCCAAAGCGGAUGUUGAGAGCAAACUCAAGUCUUCUGGUGGUGGCUUUUGGUGCCAGUGUGUGGGCUUCACCCUCGCCCCCCAAGGGGGAAACAUCUCCAGCAGCAAGACACGCAUUAGAGUUGCAAGCCUGCGCAAAGAUUUCGAACAGGAGCCGAUAAGUCAACGCAUAGCUUUGGGCGAGGCGAUGGAAUUGAAAUGCGUGCCACCCCAAGGCACUCCUCCACCUGUUGUGAACUGGUACAAAAUAGACCCUGAGGUCAACGAGGUCAAAGAAGGUCAAGACAGAGGCGGUGUCGUUAGAGUCCUCGGUGACGGGACGCAGGCUGAGUUGAUGACAGGCGGAAACCGAAGAUAUCUCAUGCAUAACAAUCAGACUUUCGUCAUAACUCCGACUACAUUCGCGGACUCGGGGAGGUUCGCAUGCAUGGCCUCAAAUGUCAUUGGCGAACGACAGUCUCACAUUGUGUCAAUUACCAUAUAUCGAGACGGCGGCUGGUCUUCGUGGUCCGAGUGGUCUCGCUGUGACGUCAUUGCAUCAUCCAACGAGAGUGAUGACCCCACUUCAGCUGUGGGGGUUGUGUCUUGUGGGAGGGGCACACAGACUAGAGAGAGAAGUUGUACAGACCCCCUCCCCUCGGACAACGGGGGAGCAGAUUGUGUGGGGGAGAGAAGACAGAGUCAAAACUGUGUGGAACCAUGUCCUGACGAGCGAGGCUGGACACCUUGGUCCCAGUGGUCCCUUUGUCAAGCGCCGACCGACGAAUUCAAGUCUCAAGUAUCCGACGACAAAACCAAAAAACCCGACGACAACACACCCGUGUCGACAUGUAACCAACAUCGCCGACGAACUUGUUCUCUCGACUAUCUCUCGUCUGCGAAAGUUAGAACUGACUCGUCUUCAGUUUCGACCGAGUCGUGUGUGGGUGACUCGUUUCAAUUCAAACCCUGUUCGGAGACUGAUUGUGAGUUCGCGUUCGUGAUCGAGGGUCCGAUUGUUGACAACACAGGAGAAGUGACUUUGUCGCCUGGCAAAAAAAGAGGAAAUUCUGACAACCGCGUACACUUUUACAUGGCCAUGUGUUCAAUUCUCCUCUUGGUGGCUUCUGCGAUUGUUGUCGUGUUGCUUUGCGUGCAAAGACAAAAAAGAAAAUCGGUUAGAGGAAUAACUCUUAAACACUCUUCGUUGGAGUCGCACAAAAUCACGACUCACGUCUCGGCUAGAGCGAAAAACGACGAGUCAUUUUGCUGUUGUGGCGCCAUGUUUUGCUUCGGCUGCUUCUGUCACAGGUCAAAGCGGGAUCAUCAGGCUAAAUUCGGCACGAAUCACGCGAACUUCGUGAACAGCGUGCAGCCUUCGUGCAAUAUGAACACUAUGAAUGAAAUGGGCACUUUAGGUGGCCUGAACAAAACUCCCUUCUUGCAAAGUCACAAUGGAUGUGCGUCUUGCUACAACAUUGACAUAUUUCCGGUUCAGAACAUUAUUCCAUCGAACAGUCACCACAGCUUACCCGCCUCCCAUCUAAGCCAUCCCCACUCACUGCCCCCUGGAGUAUCCAUAUAUCCCCCUUCCCUUUCCCAUCAGAACCCAAAUAACUUCUACCACAACCCAAGUAGUCCCCCUAUGCCCCCCACAAAUAACCCACAACAGCAACACCCGACAUCCCAUACAAACCCAUGUAUGAUUACGUCAUGUUGCGCGCCUGUGGGUUCAAUGAUGAAUCAAGUGCCCACGACUAUUAUGAGUCCAAGUGUAGCGACAUCCAACAAUAGUGGUCGGAAUCCUUCGUUCGGAUCUCUAUCUCUAUCGGCGAAUUUGUCAUUUGCGAAUCACAAGAACAUGAGAAAUGCAAGCUCGAUGAAAGCCAUGGAUUUCAAUGAAGGCGGAGAUCCCAGAUAUUCAGAUGCGGGUGCGAAAAGUCCUCAAUAUGAAGAUCCUUACUUUGGAAGCCAAAACGAAUACUUCGAUUAUGACAUCAUUUCGAAAGACCGAGAUUUCUCCUCCGAUCUAGAGCACAGAGACAAGCAGCUUCAGAGAAGAAGUUUUUGCAAUGCAGCUCUUAGUGACAAUUCAGCCAAAAAUGCUUUCCUUUCUCGCAACAACUCGGCUAAGAACCUCCCGAAUCCGCUAGGAGAAGACAGUGGGUUCGGGUCGUUUUCGCUCAACAGUCGUAACGAUUCUUCCAGAACAUUCGAUUACAACACCGCCCGUGGACUCGUCGGCGCUGCCGGAGGACGAAUUUCAAUCCCCGAUUUCGGCGCAUCCCUUGUAGUUCCGCCGAGUGCUAUUGAAACCGGCAAGAAACCCGAAAUAUCUCUAACUGUCAAUACAACUGAGCACUACUCAAAUUUAAACCUCAGUUUGUCGGACGAUUUGGUGCGAAAAAGUUUAAAUUUGCCCAAAAAUUGUACACUUGUUAGCCCGAUUAUUACAGUCGCGCCUUCAGAUGUUGAUUUUCAUAAACCAUUGGUUUUGACUAUACCUCAUUUUGUGUACACUAAAAACCCUCGUGAACAAUCUUACAACAAUGAUGAAAUCAUUCUGGACGACUGUGAUUGGUCGAUUUCAGUAAUCGCGAUUGGCCAUUUAAGUGUGAAAACUUUCGAAUCGAAUUGUGAUUUAGAACGACAUGAUGACUUUUACGUUUCGGCGAGCUCUGUUCAUAUUGUUGCGAGCAAUCUAGCGCCGAGUUAUUGUGUGCUCGGUUACCCAAAAUCGGAUAGCUCGGGGACUAUUGUUUCCGCGACACCGGCACUGACACCGCCGACUGCGAAGCGAGUUCGAGUGGCUGUUUUCGCCUCUCAUUCGCCCCAGUGUGUUUCGGAUGACGACUUGAUUAUCCGAGUCUAUUGUUUCCCAGACCUGCUCGAGUCUUGGCAGUCGGUUUUGGAGAACGAAGAAGGCGAGUGUGAGAAUGUGGACUCAAUCAUGACUCACCUCGCGGCCAAUCAGAAGCUACUUCCUUUCAAACUCACCCAACUCAUUCACUCGUCGUAUUCCUCGUCGUAUUCUUCCUCUCAUUCCGAAGGCGGCGAUGACGUCACUGCGAGUGGGAUACAUGAGUCAUCUUUCAUGAAUUCAGCAGAGAACAUCAAACUGCAGUUCACUUUGAAUGAAUGCGCGCCAAGAGCUCAUGAAAUUGACAUUGGCAAAAUCAUGCGUCUUCAAACCAUGUUCGAAUGCAUGUGUUUCAACUUCCCCAACACAGUAUACACAAAUGUACACAGACCAGCAGAGAUAUUUCUGAACAUCACCCGAACCCAAUCGGAACCCUCGGCUACCUACUCCGACACAGAAGAAGUGGCGAUUGUUCCGACUAGCAGAAAAGAGAACAGUAAUAGCAACAACAGUAGUAGAGACACUACUUUGCAACAGUCGAAGCAAUCACACCUAAUUGCAAUUACGCUUCCAAUCAAGGGCAAACAGUUCCAACCUCAGCCAUGUCUCUUCUCAAACCAACUGCCUCGUGAUUGUCCCGUUUUUUACAUCACAGGAUCCCUCAGACAGAAGGUAGUUCACGCUCUAGACAGUUAUGUCAUCGAUGACACCACCUUUGUUACGUCACUCAAACCAACAAAAGCUACUUCAGAGGAAAAUUCCAAAAAUGACGCAACACGACAACUUGUAACUGGAGCCGAGAUUUUAGCUUCGAAAUUGGGUGUGAAUAAAACGAAUGAGAGCUCUUCGCCCGAAGAUUCGCCCAAAGAAGCGAUAGCUAGUGAUCUAAUUUUGAGUAUCUGGGAAGUAAUGGCCUACAAAAUGAACACUUUAGACUGUUUUGUGAUCCAAAACCAUUUUGAAACUUUGCUCGAUGUGUUGACGAAAGCAAGUUGCAUUGAGCUGAAGAAAACUGUGGAGAGAAAACUAGUUUUGACCUCAAAAGAUUUCAGUUAAUUUUGUUGUAAUAUGAGACGAAUUUUUGUUUAUUUAGAUAUAAAAAUUUGGUAUUGUUAGAUAAUUAGAUGGGUGCUAUUUUUCUCUAAUUAUCACAUAGAAGUUUUACAUGU